GCCGAGAUUGACUGGCUGGACGGGUAUUCAGCACAGGCGCUCGGAUGGAUUGCAUGUGAUAGGCCAUGACGUUGACAUGGCGGGUGUGCGGUUCGACAUUGUCGGCGGCAGCGACUCGAUGCUCAUCCACUUGACAUAGACUCGACUAUACACGAUAAAGGACAUGGCUACUACGACACUACGAUAGCUGCGACAUAGACUAAUCAUGAGCACGCCCCUGCUCUUUGGCCGCACUUGUGCGAAACACGCCUGGCAGCGACAGUCCACCGCUCUUCCCUUCUUCAAGUCGCAGGCUACUCGCUCCUUCACCUUUACCGCAAGAACAUACAACCGUCCGCGAUUCUUUCAAAAUGCUCGCCAAUUCUUCCGACACCCGCCUCCGCCCGUAAAGGGUGGUACCGCUUGUCUCGCCGCCCUCUCCCCCGCCGCCUUCGUAACCCUGAGCGAGAAUGACGAGUCCGAGGAUGGCUUGACAGGAGAGCAGCAGAUGCUCGAGGCUUCUAGGAAAGAGCUGGCUGAGCAGGUCCCUGGCUGGGUUGGAGGCUCCAAAUCUCUCCGCAAGGGCAUCUGGAAGUUCCUCGACACUUGGAUCAUCGAGCCUAUCGCGACCGGCUUCCGUUUACUACAUUUGAUCUUCAUCUUCGUUCCUGUCAUUGUCACCGUACCUGUCAUCUGGUUUGGCCAGAGACAGCCUGAGAAAGACAACGAGCGAUCUGGCACUCUCUGGUGGUAUGCAUUCUUGGUCAAUGGCAUGGAGAGGGCCGGUGCUGCUUUCAUCAAGCUCGGCCAAUGGGCUGCCUCGCGAACUGAUAUUUUCCCUACUCAGAUGUGCGCCGUCAUGUCUGCCCUCCACUCCAAUGCUCCCGCCCACACACUCCAUCACACUAAGAAGACGAUCGAACGAGCCUUUGGCAUGCGUUUCGAAGACAUCUUUGAUGAAUUCGACGAGAAGCCAUUGGGUGUUGGCGCCAUAGCACAGGUUUACAAGGCAAGGUUAAAGCCUGAUAUCGCUGUCAGCGAAGACCUCGAUCCUCACGGCUCCGACACUUAUCGCCAGAAAUUCAAGAGAGGUGUUGACAUCACUCUGAAGAGCACGCCACAGAGGACACCUUCUCAAUACGUCGCCAUCAAGGUCCUUCAUCCCAAAAUUGAGCGCAUUGUUCGCAGAGAUUUGAAGAUCAUGGGCUUCAUGGCUUCUAUGAUCAACUUGAUCCCCACCAUGGAGUGGCUCUCGUUCCCUGACGAAGUCGAACAGUUUGGUGAAAUGAUGCGUCUACAGCUGGAUCUUCGUAUCGAGGCCGCCAAUCUGACCAUUUUCCGCAAGAACUUCCGCGACCGAACAACCGCCUGGUUCCCUUACCCAUAUACUCAAUACACAUCUCGUCAAGUCCUUGUAGAAGAAUUUGCCCAAGGUAUUCCGCUCGAGGACUUUUUGCAGAACGGUGGUGGUGUCUUCCAAAAGGAGAUUGCGGACGAAGGUUUGGAUGCCUUCCUCCACAUGCUCUUGAUCGACAACUUCAUUCAUGCCGAUUUACAUCCCGGAAAUAUCAUGGUUCGCUUCUACAAGCCAGCCCAGAUUGAUGUCAAGGGCAGCUUCUUUAGCCGACCCAAGCCUGACCCCAAGCUCUCUACUGAUGUAACAGAAGAAGUUUUGGAACGUCUACGACCGCACAGAAAGUCCAAGGAAGAUUGGGGCAAGACGCUGGAUCAGAUCGACCAUGAAGGCUACCGACCCCAACUCAUCUUCAUCGACACAGGUCUCGUCACCGAACUCAACGGCCUAAAUCGUCGCAAUUUCCUUGACCUCUUCAAAUCCGUCGCUGAGUUCGACGGCUACAAAGCAGGACACUUGAUGGUCGAACGCUGUCGUCAACCAAGCGCCGUCAUCGACAAGGAAGUAUUCGCCCUCCGUAUGCAACAUCUUGUGCUCGGCGUCAAGAGCCGCACCUUUGCCCUCGGCAAUAUCAAGAUUGGCGACAUCCUUAAUGAGGUACUCAGCAUGGUCCGCGGCCACCACGUCCGCCUCGAAGGCGACUUCGUCAACGUAGUCCUCAGUAUUCUCUUGCUCGAGGGUAUCGGCCGAAGCCUAAAUCCCGAGCUAGACUUAUUCUCCGGGGCUCUUCCGAUAUUGAGACAAUUGGGCACUUCUGGUGGUGCGGGUAACAUGCUCAAGGGGGGUGAUCUUUCGAUGAUUAAGGUAUGGGCUGGACUUGAGGCGAGGAAGUUCAUGCAGGCCAGUGUCGAGAGUGUGGAGAGUUUGGUUGCUCAUGAUCAGUUGUCUCCUAACAUCUAGAGUGAGUUAUCUUCGAUCAUGGAGAUCUUUUUAUGUUCAGUUGGACAACUGGGCUUUGUAUUAUACUUUUUUCACAUCUCAACGCGGUCUGGACGUGGACAAUGUGAUCUGUUCUCUUCAUCUUAAAAACACUACGGGUUUACACUUA